UCAAAAAUAGUUACAGUGCACCAACACGCACGUGAAAACAUGGCUUCGAACCAGUGACCACCUCUCCUUCCUCAUCUUCAUCACCAAUCCAAAAAAAAAAAAAAUCUUUUCAAAAAAACACAGUAACCCUUUUCUUCUCUCUCUCAUUUUCUUUAAUGGCCUUGAGAUUGAGCUCACCAUGGCUCUCUCGCUUCUCUUCUUCUUACCCAACUUUAUGUCUUCCUGGCAAUAACAACCAGUUCGGAAACACCCACACUCUGUUCUUCAAAACCUUCACUCUCAAUCUUUCCAAGUCUUUUCGGGUAAAAUCUUCACUGGGUGAGAGUGAACGCUCUAAUGGGGUUUUAGAUGUUGAGUUGUUGAAUCUAGUUUCGGCUGCUAAAGAUGCUUAUGAGGUAUUGGAGAUGAUCGAGGAAAGGUCUGAGAGAAAUGGUGGUGGUGUUGUUUCUGUUUCUGAUUGUUUGAUGAUCAUUUCCGCUGCUAUUGAAAGGAACAAUCUUGAUUUGGCUUUGUCUGUUUUCUAUGCAAUGCGUUCCAGUUUCGAUCAAGGGGUUACAGAAACUGGCUCUUUUGUUGAGAGAUGGAAGUGGUCGAGGCCAGAUGUUCGGGUCUACACUACACUAGUUCAGGGUCUUGCAGCCUCACUAAGGGUUUCUGAUGCUCUUAGAAUAAUCAACAACAUUUGCCAAGUUGGAGUUUCACCAGCUGAGGAGGUCCCUUUCGGGAAGGUUGUGAAAUGUCCGAGUUGUAUGAUAGCUGUAGCGGUGGCACAACCUCAACAGGGUAUUCAGAUAGCAUCUUGUUCAAAGUGUCGCUAUCAGUAUGAACUUGUUUCUGGAAAGAUAAUUAGCAUUGAAUCGGAAGAAAUCAGCAUGGAUGUUCCAGCAUGGCAAAGGGGGCUCAGAUUCCUGCAAAUUAAGAAGCAAAGCAUUCCUGCUGCUGUUCAUUCUAUUGUGGUUCAGACCCCUACUGGUAUGGCACGAACACACCGGUUUGCUACUGAAACCGUUGAUGUCCCAGCACAACAAGGAGAGAGAGUAACCAUUGCUUUAGCAGCUCCAUCCAAUGUUUAUAGACAAAUAGGUCCUUUAAAAUUCAGUCCGAAGGCCCCAAACUUUUAUCCCGGAGAGCCUAUCUGUCUAACAAACCAUGAAGAUGACAGAGAAUCACAACUAUUACGCGCCCCAGCUAAAGAUAAAGGCUCAUCUUUAACCAACCCCUCGAUUCUCUUUCCCAUCAUUGCAUUACUAGCAAGUGGAGAUGUCGCCUCGGGAGUUAUAGACCCCAGCCUCCCACAAUUCAUUUCGGUUGCAGCAGUAGCAUCUGUUGCUGUUGGAACUACUCUUAACACAUUGGUUUUUCCACAAUUGAGUAAGCUUCCUCAAAAAUCAGCGGAUGCAAUAGCUAUGAAGCAACAACUUUUAUCUCAAUACGACGUUCUUCAGUCUCGAAUUAGAGGCCUGAAGGAAGCUGCUGAAAAAGAGGUUUGGAUGUUAGCUCGAAUGUGCCAACUCGAGAACAAAAUCUUUGCUGUAGGAGAGCCUACUUACCGUGCUCGAAGAACUAGAGUCAAACGAGUUAGAGAAGGACUGGAAAAUUCUCUCAAGGGUAGGAUUGAACUGAUCGAUAGCUAUGCAAGAAUAUCUUCGAUGAUUGAAAUUGAGGUAGAAUUGGACUCCGACGUUCUUGCUGCUGAAGCAGCGAGUAAUGUGGAGAGUAUUGCUGAACAAAUACAACAGAUAAUGGAGUUGGAAAAUCUUGAAGAGAGAUGGAAGUUACAAGCUGAAGCAAAUGAUGAGGCAGAAAGGCUUCUUAGUUCCCAACCAAUGCCAACAGAACAGGUUUAACAUCAAAUUAAAUGUCUUUUUAUAUCAAAUGAUUGUUCAGCAAGCAAUGUUGAAUGUUUCUGAAAUUUUCAAGAUCAGUGACAUAGAAACUAGGGUGGUUGUUCAUCAUUGAGCCGGAAAAAACGGUCGAUGGCUCUUAGAAUUAGGCUUACAGAAGGCUUCUUAUGUAUAUUGGGGUAACAGAAAUCAAAUCAGUUGAUCACAUUUUCCGUUAAGUGUUUUUGUAUCAUAAUUGUACAAUAAUAACUCUACCUAUUCUUUCAUGUAUGAAUGAUUCAAUUCAUAUGCCAAAUCUUUUAAACUAAAUAGGAUGACAUAAGAUUCCAACUGAUUUUCAUGUGGGAAGGCAUAGGUGCCACAAACCGCAGAAGAUCAGGCUUCGAGCUAACUGCAGGGUCUCGGUUUUCUGAUUUUCUAUCGAAAACUACGAGAAACUUAGCAAUGUUGGGGAGCACAAGCUCUCUGCAAUGCAGAUGCAACAAAGGGACCUUUGAUAGAACACUUCCCUUUUGAACAUCGAGACCUUCUGGUCUGCGCAACUUGUAAGGCUUACCUGUUGUUGGCUCAAUAUCAACACGAGGCAUUUGUUUCCAUCUUUGGUGCACAAACCAUCCAUAUUUAUAGUCACCCACAAUCGGGGUGCCAAGAGCUUCGGCACAAUGGACACGAAGCUUCAGAAAGAAAAGAAAAAAUUGGUUACCGUUUGUUUUGCAACUCGGUUACUCAUGCAAAACAUAAAUUUAAAUUCAACAGUUUAUAGAACAAACUCUGUACCUGAUGCUUCCGACUAGUAAGAGGACGCAACUCAAGCCAUGAGCAUCCAUUUAUCGUUGGACCGAGCACACGAUAUUCAGUUAUCGCUUCUUGAGAAGACUCAAAACCUGAUUGAUGAGCUAUGAUGACCCUUUCUGUCUUUCCAUCGUUAAGAAGCACCUGCAUUGAGUAAUCAAACAAACAAAUCACAUAUUUUCCAAUCAGAAUUAUAGGCCCCAGUUGGCUAGGCUUUUAAAAGCUGUUUUCGGGCUUCUAAAGCUCCAAAAACACUCACCUAAAAUCAGAAGCAGAAGCCCAGCCAAACAGAAUCUAAAUUACAUAUAUCGAAAGAGUAAUGUUAAGAAAGCUAAGGAACCUUAGAAAGAGGAGCACAAAUAAAGCCUUCCUUUUCCUUGGGAGAACCUAUAACCAAUGCCCAGUACUUCUGAUAUGUAGCAUCACAUGCUUCAUUCCAAGCCUAACAUUACCCAUUAAGCAUAUCAGCCAUAAAUUUAAGAGCAAUUAAUCAGUGCAGAUCUUAGUUUUAAAAAUUCACCGGCCUUUGUCUCAAUUGUCGAAUACCUUACACGACGAUUUCAUUUUGGCAUCACUGAAUAACCACUCUAGAUGGUUUAUGCUUUCCUUUGUUCUUCCCAUCAAUAUAAGGCCACUGCUCUCUCUAUCAAGACGAUGAACCUAAUAAAACAAAAUCUCUAUGAGAACCAAGUGAUUCUUAAGAGAAUGACAAAUAAUUUAAUUGUACAACAAGCAAAGAUACAAUGAAAGACCAAAAUUAUGAUUUCUGAAAUUCUUAUUGAACUUGCUGAAGAUAACAAACUCCCAAGCUUUUGAGACGCAUGGUCUCUCCGAAAUUGACCUAGACAAAAUCCAUCAAACUAUCAAAAUGAUUGUUCUAACCAAACACUUACCAACUUAGGGCCUUCAUUGUAAUCAUAAGAUAGUGCUACUGCUGCCAAUGCAUCCAUGCUGUUAUGAAUUGGUAAGUGUCCCUAGAAAGAACCCAAGAGAGUCAAAACAUUCAAAUGCUGCUAAGAAUAUAAUUUCAUAUCUGUAUAUAGUUCCUUACCUUGACAGGCAUUCUUGGUGGCUUGUUCAGAACAAGUAUAGCAGAAUCCUUAAAUUCCCCAAGAAAACAAAAACACCAUAAUCACUUAAAAUGCAAAUAAGUUUUAGAAAUAUUUAAAUAGGAAUUCAACUAAUAAGACAUGCCUUGUAGUGAACAAGCCUUUGCAAGUAAGCUAUCUCAUCAGCAUUUGGGUAAAGUGUUCCACUUGGAAUAGUAUCAAAUCUUCUGGAAAUCCUACUCUCUGCAACUGACACAGGUACAUAAACUCUGGUCCCUUCUUCCAUAACAUCAUUGGGCUUUAUCUGUAGUUUAUUCAUAUCUGUAGUAUUGUAGAUUAAUUAAACCCAAAUAGGAAUCCAUCACACCAAAAGAUUUCAUAAUAAAAUAAACUAAAACCAAUGUGAUUAACUUCUCUACCUUCUUCAUUGUGUUAGCUUCUCCAUCUUUAUCACUCAUGGAGUCACUAAAGUUUGAGCACUUUACCUGAACCUAAACCCAAUAAAUUUAUAAAAAAAUAAGGCAUAAUUACAUUCAAGGAGGAGUUCUAAUUACAACCUACUUCUCAUCUGAGUUUAAAAACUCAGAAAACACAUCAAAAUACUUUUGUUCUAUUUUUUUUUUCCAUAAGUGUUUCGUUAUAGUUCCAAUAUCUUACAGAUUCUGAAUAGAUUGUGGUGCCGAAAGCUGGUUUGAAGUAAAUUAGAAUAUCAGAAACUUUAUUGUCAAUUGAAUAAACUUGAAAAUUAACAGGUUUAUAUUGUCACUAUAACAAACAUUGUCAUUAAAAAUUCCAAAUAAAAAUAAGAUCUUCACAAUAAAAAUGAUAAAUUUAUGGGUUAAAGAUAUGAAACUCACAAGACCCUUGUUGAAAUGGGAUUGAACAGCAUUAUCAAGUAGUUCAUCAAAGUAGUACUUAACCCAGCUAAUGGCGGUGACAUGUUGAGAUCUUCCCGGAACGGUAACCGAGUUUUUCCCCGGCAAAGGGAGUCCGGGGAACGGAGGCAAAGACAGAACUUGACAUGGUUUUGGGCCUUCUUUUGGGCCACCCAAUCGGGCUACGUUAUUGGACACUCGGAUAAUGGGCUGAGCCCCAGCCGGCGGCGGUGGACGAAUCCUUGAAUACUGUCUGAGACCAAGCCAGAGUCGUCGAUUACCGGCGGUUCUCCACAUUCUUCUUUACGUGAAAAAACAGCUCAAGUAAAGAGUUUGAAAGCCAUUAACUCAAUUUAGUAAGAAAAGAAUAUUUGGGUCAUCCAAACAAGGCCUUGUUAUGGCUUUGAUUUGAGAAUUUUCGAUAGGUGAAGAUACAGUCCGGCGGUGGAGCCGAUAACGGCGGCGGAGCUAGGACUGAACAGUUAAUAAGAGGUUUGGUUGGAGUUUUAUGUAAAAAGAAAGUGGGCCUAAACUUGGGUUUGGGCCUGAACUUGGGUUUGGGCUCUUGGCCCAAAAUUAAAAAAUUACACUCUAUACCCUUUUGUACUGUAGGGAUUAGUUCACAAAUAUACAAAACAAAAA